GGUUUGCUGAAGGGUUGGGUUGGGCCAGAGUUCCUCCGACCCACUUGAGCUGGAAACGUGUUUGGGGGAGACGAGGAGAGCAGGUGUACCUGAGGGCGGUCUACCUGCUUUUGCACUCCUUUUUGCCAGUGAGAAAAUUAGGAUUUAGAGAGAGGAAGCGACUUGCUCAAGGUCACACAGCUCUCAUUUUCAAGGGGUUCCUGGAGGAGGAUUAUAAUUAUGGGAGUCAGGGGCUUGACAGAUAGGGCCGGAAUCACUGUAUUCGCUUCCAUAUUACGUCGCAGCCCCUCUAACUCCGGUUUAGGUGUGAGGGGUGUGUGCGUAUGAUCCUUGCCCCUGUGAGUGUGGGUGUGUCGUUGGAGGGAAGGGAGUGUGAUACCGCACACUGCAGUCCUUUCUCUACCGAGCCCUCCUUCCAUUCUUUGCGCAGAACUCCCCCUUCUCGCUCUGAAUCUCUCCUUUUGGGGCAGAGGGAGGGAUUCUCCCAGAUUCCCACGGUCCAGCCUUCUGCUAGGCGCGGCUCCUUUAAGACUCGCCCUUUCCCGGGUCUGUUAAGGCGAAGGGGGGGGCGUGAUCCUGUGGGCCCGCCCCUGGUUGGUGAUUGGUCGGAGGGCGGCCGGGGGCGGGCCCGAGGGUGAGGUCCUCCCCGCUGCUCGGUACCCUCCGCCCCCUGGUCUGGGGCUCCGGGUAAAGUUUCAGCCUCCGCACGUGACUCGCCAUGGCCGCUGCUUUCGCCCCGCGCCCCUGAGCCGCGGCCCCCCAAACCGCUCCUCUCCCUGGACCCCGGCAACCCCUGACGCCGAGCGCCUCCAAGGCUCAGGGUCAGGGCAGACGCCGUGCUCGCGGGCGACCCGGACGGAUUGCUUCCCUCCGCUGCGAGCAUCACAGGACAUGGCCUCCCCAGCCACCUAGCCGGGGCCCACUAGGAGAGGGAUCCUUUCAGCGUCCUGAAGGCCAGCUCUGGACCUUCCUGGGAAAGUGCCAGCUCACAGAACUGCUUGACCAAAGGACCGGCUCUUGGGACGUCCCCCAGCCCACCUGGCCCCCAACUGGAGUCGGGGCUCCAGGAGGCCGAGAUCAGCCUGCUAGCCUUGGACCGCAGCUCCAGGACAGAAGGGGGGGGGGUGGGCUGACCACCCAAACCCCCUCUGGGCCCAGGCCCCAUGACCCGAGGAGAGGCGGCCUGAAGCCUGCCAGAGCCUUCCGCCAGACUGUCUGCCUGCUCUUCUGACUGUGGCUGCUUGGCAUGGCCAGUAACAGCAGCUCCUGCCCGACACCUGGGGGCGGGCACCUCAAUGGAUACCCGGUGCCCCCCUACGCCUUCUUCUUCCCCCCCAUGCUGGGGGGACUCUCCCCACCCGGCGCUCUGACCACUCUCCAGCACCAGCUUCCAGUUAGCGGCUAUAGCACGCCAUCCCCAGCCACCAUUGAGACCCAGAGCAGCAGUUCCGAAGAGAUAGUGCCCAGCCCCCCCUCACCCCCCCCUCUCCCCCGCAUCUACAAGCCUUGCUUUGUCUGUCAAGACAAAUCCUCAGGCUACCACUAUGGGGUCAGCGCUUGUGAGGGCUGCAAGGGCUUCUUCCGCCGCAGCAUCCAGAAGAACAUGGUGUACACGUGUCAUCGGGACAAGAACUGCAUCAUCAAUAAGGUGACCCGGAACCGCUGCCAGUACUGCCGGCUGCAGAAGUGCUUCGAAGUGGGCAUGUCCAAGGAGUCCGUGAGGAACGACCGAAACAAGAAGAAGAAGGAGGCGCCCAAGCCCGAGUGCUCUGAGAGCUACACGCUGACGCCGGAGGUGGGGGAGCUCAUCGAGAAGGUGCGCAAAGCGCAUCAGGAGACCUUCCCUGCCCUCUGCCAGCUGGGCAAAUACACUACGAACAACAGCUCAGAACAGCGUGUCUCUCUGGACAUUGACCUCUGGGACAAGUUCAGUGAACUCUCCACCAAGUGCAUCAUUAAGACUGUGGAGUUCGCCAAGCAGCUUCCCGGCUUCACCACCCUCACCAUUGCGGACCAGAUCACCCUUCUCAAGGCUGCCUGCCUGGACAUCCUGAUCCUGCGGAUCUGCACGCGGUACACGCCCGAGCAGGACACAAUGACCUUCUCGGAUGGGCUGACCCUGAACCGGACCCAGAUGCACAAUGCCGGCUUCGGCCCUCUCACGGACCUGGUCUUCGCCUUCGCCAACCAGCUGCUGCCCCUGGAGAUGGAUGAUGCUGAGACAGGGCUGCUCAGUGCCAUCUGCCUCAUCUGUGGAGACCGGCAGGACCUGGAGCAGCCAGACAGGGUGGACAUGCUGCAGGAGCCGCUGCUUGAGGCACUGAAGGUCUAUGUGCGGAAACGGAGGCCCAGCCGCCCACACAUGUUCCCCAAGAUGCUGAUGAAGAUCACAGACCUGCGAAGCAUCAGUGCUAAGGGGGCUGAGCGGGUGAUCACGCUGAAGAUGGAGAUCCCGGGCUCCAUGCCACCUCUCAUCCAGGAGAUGUUGGAGAACUCAGAGGGCCUGGACACUCUGAGCGGACCAGCGGGGGGCGGGGGGCGGGAUGGGGGCGGCCUGGCCCCCCCGCCCGGCAGCUGCAGCCCCAGCCUCAGCCCCAGCUCAAACAGAAGCAGCCCGGCCACCCACUCCCCGUGACUGCCCGUGCCCCGUGGACACAGCCCUCGCCCCGUGCCCUGGCUUUUCUCUGCCUUUCUACCAACCAUGCGACCCCCGCCAGCCCUGCCCCCCACCCGUCCUCCCUUCCCUGGGGGACCGGAGGGAGGCGGCGGCGACUCUUCGGACAGAGGCCCGGGCCUGCGAUGGACUGCCCGCUCCUGCAGAUGUCAGGGCUGACAUCGGGGGCAAGGACUGAGUGAGGACCCCUGGUCCCGGGCCUCAGGAUGGGGCCCAGGGGCCUCGUGUUCAUCAAGACACCCCUCUGCCCACCUCUCCACAUCUUCAUCACCAGCAGAUGCCAGGACCUGGCUCCCCCAUCCUCAGAACUCGCAAGCCAUUGCCCCCCCGUUGGGGAACCCCCCUGCCUCGGUUGGUGACAGAGGGGGUGGGCCGGGGUGGGGGAUUCCCCCUGUACAUACCCUGCCGUACCAACCCCCAGGUAUUAAUUCUUGCUGGUUUUGUUUUUAUUUUAAUUUUUUUUUUUUUUUGGUUUUGAUUUUUUUAAUAAGAAUUUUCAUUUUAAGCACA